GCCUAGUGCCUGAGCGGCACCGACGGGAGUAAGAAGGCAGGCAAGAUGGCGGACGUGCUGGACCUUCAUGAGGCUGGGGGCGAGGAUUUCGCCAUGGAUGAAGAUGGGGACGAGAGCAUCCACAAAUUGAAAGAAAAGGCAAAGAAACGGAAGGGCCGCGGCUUUGGCUCCGAAGAAGGGUCUCGAGCGCGGAUGCGUGAGGAUUAUGACAGUGUGGAGCAGGAUGGAGAUGAACCCGGACCGCAACGCUCUGUUGAAGGCUGGAUUCUCUUUGUCACUGGAGUCCAUGAGGAAGCCACCGAAGAAGACAUCCAUGACAAAUUUGCAGAAUAUGGGGAGAUAAAAAACAUCCACCUCAACCUGGACAGGCGUACAGGAUACUUGAAGGGGUAUACUUUAGUUGAGUAUGAAACAUACAAGGAAGCCCAGGCUGCUAUGGAGGGACUCAAUGGCCAGGAUUUGAUGGGACAGCCGAUCAGUGUGGACUGGUGUUUUGUUCGGGGUCCGCCAAAGGGCAAGAGGAGAGGUGGCCGAAGACGCAGCAGGAGUCCAGACAGGAGGCGGCGCUGACAGGUCCUCUGUUGUCCAGAUGUUCUCUCCAGAGAUUCUAUUUGACCAUGCAGCCUUGGAGAAAUAGGGCUGAGGUGGAACUCACUGUUUAUAUUUAAUCUCUUAUCCUACUUAGUGGGUUUUUUUUUUUUUGAAUUAUGAAUAAAUGUCCCAUUUUUUGUUUUGUA